AUGUCUCCCCAAUCCCUCCUCCGCGCCAGCCCGCGCGUCGCCAACCUGAUGGGCCGCCGCAUGUUCCAUGCCACCCGCACCCGCCUGUCCUCGCCCUACCACUACCCCGAGGGCCCCUACUCCAACCUGCCCUUCAACACCAAGACCCGAUUCUUCGCCGUCCGAUACUGGCUCUACUGCAUCACCGGCUUCUUCGCCCCCUUCGGCAUUGCCGUCUGGCAAACCUACAAGCCCAAGGCAUAA